AGUAUCCUCCCAGCAACUGCGCCGUGAGAGCCGCCAGGCGCUGCUCUCGACGCGGUCAUCCUUUCUCGGUUCAUCUAAAACAAUGCUGUCUGUGUUUUACGCGGCUCUAAAUCUUUCAUCGAUUGCUAAACGCAAGGCUUUGGAUUGAUCCCACAUUGUACAGGUUGCCAUGGCGACGGUGGUGAUGGAGCAGAUCGGUCGCCUGUUCAUCAACGCGCAGCAGCUGCGUCAGAUCCCCCAGCUGCUGGAGUCGGCCUUCCCCACUCUGCCGUGCACCGUGAAGCUGUCCGACGUCCCCUGGGUGUUCCGCGAGCGCCACAUCCACACCGGCUACCGGCAGACGGAGCAGAGCUGGCGCUACUACUUCCUCACCCUCUUCCAAAGGCACAACGAGACCCUCAACGUGUGGACCCACCUGCUGGCCGCCCUCAUAAUCCUGGUGAAGUGGCAGGAGAUCUCGGAGACGGUGGAUUUCCUGCGAGACCCUCACGCUCAGCCCCUCUUCAUCGUCCUCCUCGCAGCCUUCACCUACCUCUCCUUCAGUGCCCUCGCUCACCUCCUGUCUGCCAAGUCGGAGCUCUCCUACUACACCUUCUACUUCCUCGACUACGUAGGAGUGUCAGUCUACCAGUAUGGCAGCGCCCUGGCCCACUACUACUAUGCCAUAGAGAAGGAGUGGCACCGGAAAGUGCAGGGGCUCUUUCUCCCCGCUGCCGCUUUCCUGGCCUGGCUCACCUGCUUCGGCUGCUGCUAUAGCAAAUACGGCAAUCGCCGGCUGCCCAAGCUCGUCCUCAAGCUCUUCCAAGUGGUGCCCUCGGCCCUGGCUUACUGUUUAGACAUCAGCCCCGUGGUCCACCGCAUCUACAGCUGCUACCAGGAGGGCUGCUCCGACCCCAUGGUGACGUACCACUUCUACCACGUGGUCUUUUUCCUCAUCAGCGCCUAUUUCUUCUGCUGCCCGCACCCAGAGAGCUUCUUCCCCGGGAGGUGUGACUUCAUCGGGCAGGGCCACCAGAUCUUUCACGUGCUGGUGGUGGCGUGCACCCUGCUGCAGGUGGAGGCGCUACGAACAGACUUCGCGGAGCGGCGGCCGCUGUACGAGCAGCUGCACGGCGACCUGGCGCACGACGCCGUGGCGCUCUUCAUCUUCACCGCCUGCUGCAGCGCCCUCACGGCCUUCUACGUGCGCAAGCGCGUGCGCGCCUCCCUGGACGAGAAGGACGAGUAAAGGGAGCGAAAAGCAGUUGAAUUCAUUUUACUCUGUGGUGGUCGUUAAUUAAGAUAACUCCAAUGUUUUUGUCAAUGAAAGGUAUCAGUUUGUGAUAGUGACUGUACUGUAUUCCUUCAGUGAUCUGCCAAACUACAGUGACCUGAAACCGCUAUUGAGGUGGUGCUUUUGUGACUUUCUCUGAGGAAAAAGGGAUCUUGUCAUGUGUCUGUAGCAAUACAGGUAGUUCUUAAACACUGCAGCAAGUCCUUGCAUCCCUGUUCUGAGUUUUUAUUAGUCUGCGGGUUUUUUAAGCAGCUAGUGUGAAGCGAUGGUUUUUAUUACUUCAUCAUACUUUCUGUCACGAUUAGCAGUUAAUCGGAAACUGGUUGAGCCUAAGAUGCUUUUCCCCAGUAUAUUAAAAAAUCAGACUGUCUUGAUUAAAUUGUAGCAUUUUAAACCACUUAAGCAUUCAUUUCUGCAGUGCACAGUCCUUUGCACUUUGUACAGUAUGUUGCUGCCACACGCAAAUUCCAAGCUAAUUCGAAUUGGCGGUGUUUAAAUCAAGGUAAAGCUAAAGUACUUCUUCCUUUUCUGCUCUUUAUAAGGGUCAAAGUAGGAAUUAGAGUAGGAUGUCAUUUUAUUUAAUUCAUUUCGGUGCUCACACUGUGCCAUGUUUGAACCUAUUCUGGUCGAAUGACGUCGACAACCCAAUAGCAAACCAAAUAUUGCACCAAAAGGAGUCCAAAAGUUUGUUUAUGGCUGAUAAAGAAAAUGACUAACAUCGACUCGGCGAGGGUAGAAUGUUAAUUAAAAUUCCUUUUGUUUUGACAGCUUUUUCUUUUUUCUUUUUCAAAGGGCUGAACAUCAGCUUUUGCCUUCUCACAUCCCAUGAUGUCGAUGCUUUAGCGUGGUUUGUUUCUAAUCAUCGGUUAAUCAGAGUUGAAUCACGAAAACACAAAAGUGUUCUGUUUGUGUAUGAUGAAUAUGUAUGUGCCUCUACGCAUGUCUCUUGGUAUGUACUGUGGAUAUUAAGUGUGUGGCGUCUAUGAAAGCUUAGCCUUGCACUGACCCUGUAAAUAAGCUUUAUUUUCUCCAGAAGUCAUCUCUCCUCACCUGGAGGCGUUCAGAUUUGAAUGCACAUUUUCUGUUGCUAUACAGCGCAUUCCCAUUCUGCUGUAUUUUCCCUGCCCAGCAGACCUUAAUGGUUACGACUACACCAUUGCAUACGGCUGCACUAUUUUCGUUGUUGUUGUUUUCGUUUUUCUCUUUUCUGUGUUUGAUGACUUUGUAAAAAUCUCAGCCACAUAUGGCUCACGGGUAAUGUUGCUUCGAUUGUGAUCUCACGAGACGUUAGACAUGAUCUUUGCUCAUCAUUGCACUCUGUUGAUGAUGGUGUUUAAUGUGCCAAUGAAUCUGUUAUUGCUUCAGUGACGGUACUACUGAAAGAUGAACCCAGAGACAGACUGCCGGAUGUGACACGUUAAUAUGAAUCGAUGGCCUGACCUGACUAGUUACUGUUGAAUAUCAACCUUCUUUAUUGUUGGCAUUACUGACACGGUCUCAUCACGCACUGCCUGAAUCAACACUGUACAUAGUGUAGCUGACACUGGCUCUGUUUACAUGCAUGGAGGUGUGUGCCGGUAAUGUGGUUAAUCUUGUUUUGUGUUGACUCUUGAAAGUGACAUAACUUUAAGUAUUCUCAAGGCUGUACUCCACUUUCACAGAAUGACACUCCCCGUGCAAGGCCCCGUCCUUUGUUACACAACGGUUGGCAACUAACUUAAGACACGUCAUGUGGACCGAUGGUCUCGCAUGGCGUCGCUGUCUCAACCAUCAGAAGGAACAAAAUGGUAACAUUUGAUAUGGUUCCCUGUGUUAGAACUUCUUUAGUGCAGAGGGACAUGGUAUUUUGCUACACACACCAUUUAAAUCUGAAUAAGAUCACUGGAAAUUGGCCAACGCGUCAUCCAAGCAACUGCGUUGUCUGUGCGGUUGCGUGUGUGUGAGUGUGUGUGUGUGUGUGUAUAAAUGUAGCCUCUAAUGCCACUUGAGUUUUCCCUUGAUCCCUUUAUGAAAGCAGGAUGAGAGGGACCAGAAUGUCUUUUGCCUUUAAAAUAUGUGGUGGCUGACUGUACUAAUAUUCUGUGGUAUUUAAUAAAAUAAAAUGUUACAGUAACUUCA